AGAAACACUGAUAACAGCGUCUGUCAACACCUGUUUGACAUUCGUGGCUACAUCAUCAUGAUGGCCAGUUAAAAUCAUUGUGUUUUCGUUCAGUGUCGCGCGUGAAAAUGUGAAUUUAAUAUAAAUAAAAUAGAUUUUGUUAAUGAAACAUCGAGGGGCGCACAUGAACAUCCCAAAGCGAAUGACGUGAGUGACAGUGGCGCCAUUGCGGCAGUCGGCGCGAACUAGCGCCAGUAGACGAAUUUCGCUCGGUGGGUAAUGUGAGGCUGAGCGAAUUACUUCAAGUUUCUCACGAAAUGGCCAGCAAUAUGAAGCCAAUGCACAAAAGCAAACACUUCCCGAUAGACCAGCUCGUGUGUGUUGGCAAUUACGAGCUGGAGAAAACGAUUGGCACGGGGAAUUUCGCUGUUGUAAAACUCGCUACACACAUUAUUACUAAGACUAAGGUAGCAAUAAAAAUAAUAGACAAAUCGAGGUUAGAUGAAGACAACUUGAAGAAAACAUUCAGAGAAAUAGCCAUAAUGAAGAAACUAAGGCACCCACAUAUAGUAAGGUUAUAUCAGGUUAUGGAAAGCACUCACACGAUAUACUUAGUCACAGAAUACGCGCCUAACGGGGAAAUAUUUGACCACUUAGUAUCCCGGGGUCGUAUGACGGAGCCGGAGGCGGCGCGCGCCUUCGCCCAGAUGGUCGCCGCCGUGGGAUAUUGCCAUGCUAACGGAGUCGUUCACAGAGACCUCAAGGCUGAGAACUUGCUGCUGGAUAAGGAUAUGAAUAUUAAGUUAGCAGACUUCGGGUUCAGCAACGAGUACACAGCAGGGUCGCCCCUAGCGACGUGGUGCGGCAGUCCACCGUACGCGGCGCCGGAACUCUUCGAGGGGAGGCAGUAUGAUGGACCUAAAGCCGAUAUAUGGUCGCUGGGCGUGGUGCUGUACGUGCUGGUGUGCGGCGCGCUGCCCUUCGACGGCAGCACGCUGCACGACCUGCGCAGCGUCGUGCUCAGCGGGAAGUUCCGCAUACCGUACUUCAUGUCGCAGGAAUGCGAGCACUUAAUCCGUCACAUGCUAGUAGUGGAACCGGAGCGUCGUCUGUCACUGCGCGCCGUCGCCAGACAUCGCUGGCUCGCUGCGCAUCGACAUGACCAUCAACCUGGACCUGGACCUGGGAUAUACGAAGAAAGUCUGGGCGCGUGUGCCUGCCACUCGGACGGCGCCAGUGUAGAGUCCCAGCACAGCGCGGCGCAGCGAGACACUGUACGCCGACAUAUGCUCACUCUGCCCGGACUUACGCAUCUACUUAUUGAACAGGCAAUACAAGAAGAUCGUUUCGACCACAUAUCAGCCAUCUACCACUUGUUAAUGGACAAACUACAACAGAGGUCCAGCGCUAGAAACAGCUUACAGCAUAGAGAUUCAUUGGAUUCAACGACUGGACAACCUUUGGAUCUCACUAGCUGUAAGAACGUAGAAGACGAGCAGAUGGACGCAGAAGAAUCAACAGCGCAGGACUGUCUAGUGACAGUUCCGUGUGAACCAGUCGACUACUUGACUGACCAGCCUGAUAACUUGGAGAAGUUCGGUUCCACGACAGCCCCAGUAGUAGACGAGCCCCCAGCGCCCCCCGUACAGACGUCCCCCACAGAGACUCACGCCACUAGGAGGCACACAGUGGGCCCGGGGGACUGUCGACAUACACAGGGUGGAGAGCUGGGUGUAUGCGGAGCAGCGUCAGCAGAUCUACGACCCUCACCGUUAUAUGUAUCUGCGCAUUUCAAUCAACAAGUGUCCCCGAACGUGUCGCUGCUGCCCAACACGAACCUGGCCGCCAAGCUGCCCGCCGUGCAGCACCAGCCGCCGCGCUACUUCAGCGUCAAGGACCAACACCUGCUCAAGCCGCCGCACGCCAUGCAGACGCAGGCGUCGACGUUCGGCCGUCGCGCGUCGGACGGGGGCGCGCACGUGGCGGGCCGCGACCGCGCCUGCUGCCACUCCGCGCCCGCGCACCACGUAUCAGACAGCGGGACCCCCGCCCGGGCCGAAGACGCGGAGCAGUCUGAGGAACAAAAUACUGACUCAGCUUAUAACACUAAUUUAUGCAGAUACAUGAUGAACCGCGGCAGUAGUAAGCGUCACACGAUGGCGACGCCGGAGGACGCCGCCAACGUCGUCACUUCUAGCACUGGAUCUAUGCAAAGCACAUCGCCGUCUUCUACGACAAGUAUACGAGUGAGAAGAACAGGUCUUUUGACCGUCACCGAAAGACCGCCGGUAAUUAGCCCAGAAUUAGUAAUGGAGGUCGAAGCUCGGAUGAAGAGGAACUAUUUGCCACCUUCAAUGCAAUAUCAGAACCAAAGCGGGUACCAAAGCCCCCCCACCCCCACGGGACCCAUUCCAAACCCCGUCCCCCAAUCCCCAACCCAAGGCUCUAUAACCGCAGGCACCCCAAAUUACUCCCAAAAUUCAGGAAACCAAAAAUCCAUGAAACCUGUCUUACAAACGAUUCCGCAAGGCAGUAUAAUGGGCACUAAGGGGUCUAUUAUGUCUGGCACCCCAAUAAGCCAAGCUGUAUCCCCUUUCACCCCCACUAUGGGGCAAUUUACUUCAAAUGUGACCCAAAAUGUGGGGUCUAUAACCAGUGGGACCCCAGUAAACCAAGGUUCGAUCAUGUCUGGCACCCCAACUUACGAUAAUACAAAGAACUUUGGCAGCUUCAGCUCCAAUAGUUUUGGGAGUAUUCCUAGCUGUUCCUAUAAUACCUCUAAUGCGAAUAAUUUCGGUUCUAUUACGAGUGGGACCCCUAUUAACCCGAAUUUCCAAAAUACACCUGGUUCCUAUCAACAGACCCCAAUGAGCCAAAAUGCGUUUUCUAACGCCCCUGUUAAAAAAGGGUCAAUAACUGAUGGGACGCCGAUAAACCAAAACCCUUUCCAAUCGGGUCCUAUGAGCCAAAACUAUCAAAAUACGAACCCUCCUUUCUCAAGCACACCCAUCAAAAAGGGUUCUAUAACAGAUGGUACGCCAAUAACACCGUACCAAAAUCAACCAGUCAUACAUGGCCGCAGAUCGUUCCAAAAUCCUCCUAUACAGGGGUCUUUUAUCGGUGGUCAGCAAGGGUCAUUCUCGAAUCCCGCGAUAAACCAGGCCUUUGACACGCCAAUGUACCAAAGCUCUUUUAAUUCAGAAUCUUUCAUACCGACGCCCAUGAAAAAGGGGUCUAUCACUGAAGGGACCCCUAUCCAACAAGGGUUCUUUUCAAAUCAGGAUUCGUUCACUAGUAACACAUACCAAAAUCCUCAAGUUCCUGUGACGCCAAUGAACCAAGGGUAUCAGACACCCCCCCAAAAUCAGGGGUCACUAAUGAACCAAAGCUCCUACCCGAACCUAACAGUCAGUCCUUUAACAGGGACUAGUCAAAAUUACCCCACGCAAGGGGCGCAAAUGAGCCAAAAUUACCCUGCCCCUAUGAACCAAGGAUCACAAAUGACCCCGAACUACCCUACUCCUAUGAACCAAGGGUCACAAAUGACCCCGAAUUACCCUACUUCUAUGAACCAAGGGUCACAAAUGACCCCAAAUUACCCCACCCCGAUGAAUCAAGGAGGGCAAAAUUACCAGAAUGCCUCAGGUUCAAUUACCGCCGGGACCCCAAUCCCGGUAACCAGUAAUAAUUACAAUUCUGGACAAUAUAAUACCAAACAAAGGAAAUAUUCUGGACCCCAACGAGUUAAAUUACAAAUGUUGGCUACUGUGCAAGAAAUGGCUCGCGAGCACGCCGAGCGCUACUCCCCCGUACGUCGCGCUGAAUGUUCCCCGCCACGAGUCGCGCACGAUAUAGCUUCGGCUAGAUUGGAAUAUCAACAGUUACAGCGAGGCCUAGAGCGACGUAGCGGAGGCCCGGGCGCUUCGCCUCCUCAUGCGGAUGUCAGACUACAUACACCUGGGACAUCGAUGCCUGGCUCUCCAAUCCACCAAUGCGUGGGCACAGCGUCUCCCUUAGACCUGAACACAGUGUCGCCUGAGGCAGCGCGCGCCGUACUGAUGGCCGUCAGGAACAUUAUGACAGACCCCGCCGCCAUGGAGUUACAUACCACGCUCGUUCUAACGCAGGACCUAGCGAUGAAAAUCGGCAUAAACCUCCACGCGCUCUACUCCCCACACGUGAACAUAUCGCAAGAGAUCCUCAAAUCCAUCCACUCAUACAACAACUUCGCUCUUCUAUCCGGGCAUACAUCACCCGCCAGCCCAGGGUCACCACUCCACCAGAUAACCGAAGGUCUAAGCUAUCUACAUACUGGAUCUAUAACGAGAGGGACUCCUCAGGCUUCAGCAACUCCUUUGGAUCUCAGGAGUAAUGUGGAUAUGGAUACAGGCCAGUAUCAGCAACUGCAUCCUCUAGUCCACUCCCAACUGCACAUGGUGACCCAUAGAUCUCUGAACAAUUCCCCAAUCUCAAACCCUGGAUCUCCACUCGACAUGAUCCAGGAAGAAAUUGGCAACGGUAGCCACUUAGACAAGGUUUUUCAAGAGAAUAUGAGGUAUGUACCAAGCUUUACUCCAACACAUCCUCAGAUCAGUCUAACAGAUUGCUUAGGGUCUGAAAUUACUCUGGUAGCGUCGUCUUCAGAAGAUAGUAUGGAUAGCUUGGAGAAUACGAAGUACGCGUUACCGCAGUUCGUGAUCUCUGAGCCUUCAGAUUUGGAUGAUAGGCCGUCAAUAACCAAAGGUAUUGGUAGGAAGGUCAGCCAGGAAACAGAGCCGGUUGAACCAAAAGAAGAGCCAAUAAUAGAUAAAGACGCAGAAAUGCAGUCACCAAAGGAAAGUGUCGAUGAAACGGCGAAAUUUUUGAGCGAAGAAAUGAAAUAUCCGCGCCGAGGAAGCGAUAAAUCUUUAGGUUUUAGCGACGAUUCUCUUAGCAAUGAUUCAGCUAAUGUGUCACCGAAUUGCGAACAAAAUAUACAGUCCAUCUACUCAAAUAUUGUCUCUAUAAGUUCCGGAUUUAGCGAGAAUCGAGGCAGCUUCUCGGAACAUCGAGAGUCGUUCUCUUUUUCUGACCGAGGGUCUUUUUCUGAAAGGGGGGACUUUGGGCGAUCCUCAUUCUCCGAGCGAAGCGAUUUCGGUAGAGGCAGCUUUUCCGAAAAAGGGGAAACUCCAAGAUCGUCAUUCUCUGCACAGGGGACUUUGGGGGAGGUUAAAGAAUAUUAUGAAGAUGUGUAUAUGUCUAGAGAUAAUAGUAGGCAGUGCUUAGAGAAGUGUGAUGAGGAGGGCACGCCACCUAGCGAAGAGAUAGAGAAACUACAGAGGUCGACAAUGGAUUUGCGACUAACAGAAAUUUGUAGGCCAGAGGAGAAAAUUCCAAUACUUCUAAGUCCCCAAAAAGUGUCGUGUGUACAAGAAUAUUAUGAGGUGACUUUAUCGACUGUCUGUUCUAAACUCGAUUCUCAAAGAAUAGUCGAGUUACUAAAAGAAGCGAUAAACACCAGGGUUCCACCACAGAGUAUAUUUGUUGAAACCGACCAAAAAGAUGGCGAUGGAACCCUGACGGGGUAUCUCAAUUUAGAAUACUCUGGCGGUAUCCAAAUUGAGCUUGUUUUGUGCGAAAACAAAGCUAUGGAGAAGAAAGGUUUGAAAAUGCGACGGAUUUCCGGCGACCAGAGAGAAUAUGGGAAACUAUGCGAGCAGUUGAUCACCAGCCUGACUGUCUAAACCUUAUAUUAUUUAAAAAAAGAAAGUAAAACUAACUUCAUCUGUCAAAAUGACUUCACGUCUAUUUCCCCGUACGCGACACCUGUCAAAGUGACGUGCAUGACGUUACGUCAUUAUGACAGCUGUCAUUAAAGUUUUCUUUUUUUUCGGUUGUUGUUAUUUUUUAUUUGUCUAUUGUUUUUGUAACGGAUUCGUACCGUUUACAUACCUUAUGCAUUUAUUAUUAAUAUUUGCUAUGAAAAUUUCAUUCCUGUCACGUGUUUUGACGUUUGUGUGCAUAUCAGUAUAAUGAAAAAUUUAUAUAGAAAAGAAAAAAUAAAUGUGAAUAUAUUUCUUCGCUCGUCCAAGAAAAUAAAAGUA